UCUAUAUUUUUUCUUCAACAGGUAUCUUUCAGAUGAAGGAAUUGAAACUUGCAUAAAUUCAUCUGAAAAAGUCAAUACGAAUGACAUUAUCCUAGUUGCACUUAAUACAGAUUUAAGAACGAUUGGCAAGAAAUUCCUCCCUAGUGACAUCAAUGGUGGAAAGGUGGAAAAGCUGGAAGGGCCAUGUGUUCUGCAAAUACAAAAAAUACGCAAUGUUUCUGCACCAAAGGAUAAUGAAGAAUCUCAGGCUGCACCCAGAAUGUUACGUUUACAGAUGACCGAUGGACAUACAAGCUGCACAGCUAUAGAAUACAAUAGCAUGUCAAAAAUAAGCUUGAACACUCCACCUGGAACAAAAAUUAAACUUUCUGGAAUUAUUGAAGUAAGAAAUGGAUUCUUGCUGCUGAAUGAUAGUAACACUGCAGUUCUUGGAGGUGAAGUGGAGCAUCUUAUAGAAAAGUGGGAAUUGCAAAGGAGUUUAGCAAAACACAGUAGGAGUAAUAUUGGAACAGAAGGUGGCCCUCCCCCUUUUUUGCCUUUUGGACAGAAAUGUGCAUCUCACAUGCAAGUGGAUAGCAGAGAGCUUGAUCGCAGAAAGACUCUGCAAAUGACAAAUACUGCAAAACCUGUUGCUGACAACGAUGAAUUCGAAAAACAAAGAACAGCUGCCAUCGCAGAAGUAGCGAAGAGCAAGGAGACCAAGACAUUCGGAGGAGGUGGUGGUAACAGCAGAAGUAAUCUUAGUGUAAGUGCUGGAGGGAAUCGAAACAGGGAACUUUUCCAGAAAGAGAAGAUAAUAAAACCUGAGGGAAAAAAUGAAGGUGUCUACAGAGAACUGGUUGAUGAAAAGGCUCUAAAACACAUAACAGAGAUGGGCUUCAGUAAAGAAGCAGCAAGACAGGCACUUAUGGAUAAUAGUAACAACCUAGAGGCAGCAUUAAAUUUUCUUCUGAACAGCAGUAAACAAAAGCCCCUUCAGGGACCACCACCUAGAGGUAAAGGAAAGGGCCGAGGCCGAAUAAGACCUGAAGAUGAAGAAGAGCUAGGAAAUACCAGACCGUCUGCACCAAGCACACUGUUUGAUUUCUUAGAAUCCAAAAUGGGUACUUUAACUGUAGAGGAACCAAAAUUACAAUUUCAACCACCACAUCAAGUACAGCCCAAAGUUAUGAAUACAGAACAGAAUGGCAUCAAAGAAAAUCAUUCAAGGCAUAUUUCUCGCAAUGACAUGAGACAACCAAGGAAUGAGAAGCCCCCUCGUUUUCAAAGAGAUAUUCAGAAUUCAAGGCAGGCUUUGGAAAGUGGGGGAUUACCAAGAAACAGAGGUCCUGAAAGGCACAACUCUUUAGAACAUUGGACAGAGGAGAAAAUUAAAAGUGACAGACAUUAUCCUAGAAAUGAUAGGCCAAAGGAUUUGGGUUAUCCCAUAGCUCAGAGUGAUAUUUCCUUUAAAAAAAGGGAUAACAAUAUACAAAACAGAAUAGGAAAAGGGGUGUCUUUCACGGAAUUCAAGGAGAACUCUGCUGCUCAAGAUACUACCGACAACAAUAACCAGAAACGUGGGAAAAGGGAAAAUCAAAUACACAAUUCUGAAAAUUUUUGUGAUAGGAAAACACGAACAAUAAGUAAUGAAACCUUUAUGGUAAAAAGUGAGCAACAUUUUGGUGUGAAUAAUGAUUACCAAAACCCUGGUAGAACUGAUAAUUUUAAUUCUAUACCGAAUGGAGAUACAGAACAUCAUCAAAAAGGAAGACGAGUAGGGCCUAUCAAAUUGUCAGGACCUACUGUGAUUCCAUCUUAUGAUGACAAGAUUUUGUAUUACAACACUGCACCCAAAAGGAGAUCGGGGCCCAUCAAACCAGAGAAAAUAAUAGAACCAUCAAUUCAUGCAGAGUAUGGAAAAACCUGGAGACCUGGGGAUGAAUGUUUUGCUCUUUAUUGGGAAGACAACAAGUUCUACCGGGCAGAAGUUGAAGCUCUCCAUUCUUCUGGAAUGACUGCAGUUGUUAAAUUCUCUGACUAUGGAAAUUAUGAAGAGGUGCUUCUCAGCAACAUGAGGCCUAUUCAUGCAGACACCUGGGAGGAUGAAGAAGAAACAUAUGAGCAAACUCUAGAAUUCCGCAGAGGAGGUGAUGGUCAACCAAGGCGGUCCACACGACCUACUCAACAAUUUUAUCAGCCCCCAAGAGCUAGAAACUGAUUAAUAAGAAUUAAACGUGAUCUUCUUGGGUUGAUGGAAAAUUCACUGGCAGCUCCAACUUGAUGAAGACUUCUAGAAGAAUUCUGGCUUUUUCCGAGCAACAGGAUGGGACAAAAAAAAGAUGAUAUGACCAGAAGACAUUUGAACUUGAUACUACAAGAGACUUUUUUAAAGUUCUUAGUUAAAUGAAGCUGAAUACUUUUUACAUAUGAAAGAAGCAAAUUCUUUGCUGCCACCAAUAAAACCACAGUGCACUAUUCUA